AAUGCGGACCUCUUCCCUCUCACAGUCGGGGCAGUUUUGUGGCACAGAGUUGCGCCUGACACGUGGAGCGCGCGCUCUUCCUGUGCAUGGUUCUUAUUAGCUGCUCCCAUCGUUUGUUUACUCUCAGGGGGAAGAAGAAGGAGGAAGGAAGGAGGGAUUCCAGAGACGUCCCAGGACCCGCUGCCUCUCCUUCCCGCUGUCAGUUGGGCCUGUGGGUGCAGGGAUGGCUCCUGGUCAGGCUCCACAGGAUCUUACUGUAUAGAGACAGCACAGGAAGAAUGCAGAGGGGCAGGAUGUAUGGAGAGGGGCGACAGGCAGGAUGUGGAACGCUCACUGCUCCCCUGGCUCCCACCCUGCUCUUCUACCCCUAGUUCCGAUUUCCGUGGAUCUCUGGACGGAGAGUUUUCAUGACGGUGUUUGGAGAGGUCAUAAAUGAACAGCCCUUAUGCCCAAUAUGAGCUGGAGUUUCCUAACCCGUCUCCUAGAGGAAAUUCACAAUCACUCCACUUUUGUGGGGAAGGUAUGGCUGACCGUCCUCAUCGUCUUCCGGAUCGUCCUGACCGCAGUGGGCGGAGAAUCCAUCUACUCCGAUGAGCAGAGUAAAUUCACGUGUAACACCAAGCAGCCGGGCUGCGAUAACGUUUGCUAUGACGCCUUUGCUCCGCUAUCGCAUGUGCGCUUCUGGGUCUUUCAGAUCAUCAUGAUUUCAGCUCCGUCCGUCAUGUAUAUGGGCUACGCCAUUCACAGGAUCGCCCGCAUGUCUGAGGAGGACAGAAGAAAACAUGGCCACAAGAAGAAAUCCUUCUCAAGAUGGAGGGCGGGUGAGAACGUAGAAGAUCCCAGCGAUGAAGAAGAGGAGCCUAUGAUCUACGAAGCUCCAGCAGAGCCAGAGAAGGUGGAGAGUAAAGACAAGGAGAACAAGAAGCAUGACGGGCGGAGGCGGAUAAAGGAGGAAGGCCUGAUGAAGAUCUAUGUCUUCCAGCUCCUCUCCAGGGCUGUUUUCGAGGUUGGCUUCUUGGCCGGACAGUAUUUCUUGUAUGGCUUCCAGGUCCUUCCUUUCUUUAAGUGCAGCACCUCGCCAUGUCCACACACCGUAGAUUGCUUUGUGUCCAGACCCACGGAGAAGACCAUAUUCUUGCUCAUCAUGUAUGUGGUCAGCUGCCUGUGCCUAGUGCUCAAUAUCUGUGAGAUGUUCCACCUCGGCAUCGGCACCAUCAGAGACGCCAUCCGCAGCCGGAGGGAUAGCAGCCCCAGACAACCGCCCUACAACUACUCCUACCCAAAGAACAUGACGUGUCCCCCGGAAUACAAUAUGGUGGUCAAAUCGGACAAGUCCACCAAACUCCCCAACAGUGUGAUGGCGCAUGAGCAGAACCUGGCCAACGUGGCCCAGGAGCAUCAAUGUAUGAGCCCCAAUGACAACCCGCCCUCAGACCUUACCUCCUUACAUAAACAUCUGAGGGUGGCCCAGGAGCAGCUGGACAUCGCCUUCCAAACCUACAAUUCUCAGGUCAAUGGCCAAACAUCCCGGACCAGCAGCCCAGCGUCCGGGGGGACAGUAGUGGAGCAGAACUGGGUCAAUACUGCUCAUGAAAAGCAAGGAGCCAAGCCCAAAGCCGGCUCAGAUAAAGGCAGCACCAGCAGCAAGGACGGGAAGACCACUGUGUGGAUAUGACCUGGAUCUCCUCCGAUCACUGCCGAAGCUGCACACAAGUCUAACCCGUCUGCUUACAUGCCUACACUUCUAACCGACGGCCUGGGGGCUAAAGUGUCCCUCAGGGGGUCCUGUUCUGUGGACCAGAUCUGGAGACGCUGCAGCGUUUGCACAUUUUGGGGUACAGACAGGGGAACCCCCGAUUCUUCUCAUGUUUCUAAUUGUAACUUUUAUUUGUACAAAUUGUUUCUGUUUUUUAUAAAAAAGAAAAAUCAUUGAAACCU